CUCGAGGACACUAAAAGAAUGUCCGCGAAGGCCAAGCUCUACAUCGAGAGGACGACAUACCUACAUCUAGAGCUGGCCGUGCCUUGAGCGCCUCGCCGGUGACCGGGCAGAAUAUUUUCGCCUGCAGAGACGAGGAGGAGGCCCUGAGGAAAGGUGGGACCUCCGACGAGCUCGAUCUGGCGAGCGCGGAAGAUGAUUUGGCGGCACACGGCAGUUUGCAUCUGACAGUGGGAUCUGAUUGAGUUUUCCAAGUGCUCACAUCAGUUGAAGAUGAAGAUGCAAUCUUUUGAUGCUCGUCUUGAGUAAGGGCUACAAGCUGUGCUGCUAUUUGUAUGGAGGCAGCGGUGGUGAGCGUGUCGGAGGGCGCCAUAGGCUCCCUGCUUCGGAAGCUUGGCGAUCUGCUCGCUGGCAAUUACAACCUGCUGAAAGAAGCCAUAGAUGACAUCGUGUCACUGAAAGCUGAGCUCGAGAGUAUGCGCGCGUUCCUGGAGAGGAUGUCCGAAGCGGACGAAGAGCCCGACAAGCAAGCCAAGUGCUGGGCAAAGGAGGUGCGUGAUUUGUCCUAUGACAUCGAGGACAGCGUCGAUGACUUCAUGCGGUCCGUGGAAUGUGAGUCCAACAGGAAGCCGAGUGGAUUUUUGAAGGGGUUUGUUCAUAGGACCAUGAACUUGUUGACAACGAUGAACUCUCAGCAUAAGAUUGCCAAGGAGUUCCGAGGCCUCAAGCGCCGUGUCGUGGAGGCGAGCGAACGACGCACGAGAUACAAGAUUGAUGAUGCUGUCUUCAAGCCAAACAACACACCCAUUGAUAUUCGUCUGCUGGCAUUAUAUGAAGAUAAAUCAGGCCUUGUGGGUAUCGACGGGCUGAGGGAUGAAUUAAUUAAACUGAUGGUUGAUGAAGAGGAUGUCCCCACACAACAGAUGAAGGUCCUCUCUAUAAUGGGAUUUGGAGGGCUGGGUAAGACUACGCUUGCGAACCAGAUUUACGGGAAGCUAAUGUGCAACUUCGACUGUGGAGCUUUCGUUUCCGUAUCCCAGAAACCAAACAUUAGAAAUAUUUUCAGAAGAAUGCUCUCUGAAGUUGGCUAUGAAGCUCCGGAGGGAACCAACAUGGAUAUAUGGGCAGAGGAUGAACUGAUCAGUGCGCUCAGAAAAUUCCUUAUGGAUAAGAGGUAUUUUAUUGUAAUUGAUGACGUUUGGGAUGAAACUGCAUGGAAUGUUAUUAGAUGUGCUCUUCCAAAAAACUCUAAAGGUAGCAUGGUAAUAACAACUACACGAAUUGAUACUGUGGCUAGAGCUUGCUGCAGCAACCAACGUGAUUAUGUUUACAAGAUGAAGUCACUAAGCCACAAAGACUCAAGAAAGCUAUUUUUCAAAAGAGUAUUUGGUUCAGAGGAUGCCUGUCCUCUGUAUUUGGAAGAAGUUUCAGCUCAAAUUUUAAAAAGAUGUGGUGGCUUGCCUCUCGCUAUUGUCACUAUAUCGAGCCUUUUGGCUAGUGAGGGAACCAAAUUGAAGGAGCACUGGGAGCACAUAAUGGAUUCUCUGUCCCCAAAUUUUGAAGUGAAGCCAACAUUGGAGGGAAUGAGGCACAUACUAAGCCUUAGCUACAUAAAUCUUCCUUAUUAUUUGAAGACAUGCAUGCUAUAUUUGUGUAUAUAUCCAGAGGACUACAUAAUGAAGAAGAAUGAUUUGGUCAGGCAAUGGGUAGCGCAAGGUUUUGUGAAUAAAGCACAUGGGCGAGAUCCAGAGAAUGUUGCAGAGGGCUAUUUUAAUGAGCUUAUUAACAGGAGCAUCAUUCAAUCAGUUAAUAUUGAUCAUAAUAAUGAAGUGUUGUCGUGCAGAUUGCACGAUAUGAUGCUUGACCUUAUUAUACACAAGUGCAGAGAAGAAAAUUUUAUCACUGCAACAGAUGAUAUCCAGGCCAUAAUAAGUUUGCCUGACAAGGUCCGCCGACUCUCCCUGAACCUUGACGGUAUAAUAGAUGGCACGGUAUUGGAAACCAUCCAGCUCUCACAAGUAAGAGCGCUGGCAAGAUUUGGUACCUCUGCAUAUGCACCUCCUCUCUUGAAGUUCAAGCAUCUCCGAGUUUUAGCUCUUGAAUUUUCAAGUGGGAACAGUCUGGAGAUAAUUGACCUCACUGGAAUGUGUCAUUUGUUCCAACUGAGGCAUCUGAAAAUUAAAGCUUAUUGCAAAAUAGUGUUACCAAGUAAUAUUCGGGGACUGGAGCAAUUGGAGACAUUGGAGUUGGGAGCCUAUGGUCUUGAAGUUCCCUCAGAUGUUAUUCAUUUGCGCCGGUUGCUGCACCUGAUCAUCCCUAUUGGGACAAAGUUACCCUGUGGGAUUGGCAACAUGAAAUAUUUAUGUACACUGCAUGCAUUUGAUGUCGGCUUGAACCCUAUAGACAACAUCAGAGACCUCGGAGAUCUGACCAAUUUGAGGGAUCUUCGAAUAUGUUUUGCCAAAUUGAAGGCUUUGGAUGACAUGGAAAGAAGACAACGUUUGGAUGUUUUGAGAUGUUCCCUUGAAAAACUUUGCAACCUCAGAAACCUGCUCACGGAUUCUAAAAUCAGCAGUACAUAUGCGUUGAAUCCGCUAUCUUGCCAACUUCAGAGACUUCAGAGGUUGUGGGUGUUCUCGAGGGUUCCUGUGUGGAUUGGAGAGCUCCAUAAUCUCUUUGACCUUGAUCUUGCGGUUGAGGUGUUGGAGAAUGAUAUCGGAAUUCUUGCACAGUUGCAAUCUCUUAGCCACCUCAAAUUGCACAUCGAAGGAACUCCUGAAGCUGAAGACAAGUUAGUCAUCUGCGGAACAGGAUUCCCCGUUCUCAAGGAUUUUAGGCUGUCCUCCAAGAAGAUAUCAGAACUGACGUUUGAAGCAGGCGCAAUGCCCAGUGUCCAAGAGCUUGAUAUAAGAUUAGAUUCGGACUAUGGCACUUAUCCUAUGGGCAUCAAGCACCUGCUAAACCUCAAGAAUAUCCACGUAGAACUAUGGGUUCUAAGCCUCCUUGAUGGCUUGAGCUGGAGGAAGUACGGCCAGAAGAAGAUCCUUGGCGCCAAGCACCCAAGAUGUUACUUCCGGUGCACAUACCACCGCUCGCAGGGAUGCAAAGCGAAGAGGCAGGUGGACUGCAGAGACAAUGACCCGGAACGCUUUCAUAUCACGUACCAUCUGAAGCACACGUGUAACCAGUGAUGGUCCCGCUGCCACAACCAGGACAGGAGCAGAGCGUCCAGGUGCCACAGCUUAUAUGUGACCGAUGUUUGUCACGGUGAGCUAUGGUUUCGUUGGCUGGUGUCACGGCCUGACGGGGUCCCUGUCCACGCCCCCUGAAAUGAGAACAAAAAAAAAGGCUUCCAAAAGUAAUCAAUCAGGAAACCGGCCAGUCAUUAAGCUGGUACUGGUAGCACAAUUCUGUAUCUCGUGUGCCGGUCAUUUUAAUUUCCAUUUGUUUGUCUCGGCCCUUGUUGCAUUCUUCUCUCUUUUACUUUGAUGUAAUAUGCACAUUUGUACUAGAUGUCGAUAUUGUUUCCAAGUUGACCAUCUGUACCUGUAAGCAUGAUUUGGGCAUGAACAUAUUCAUACUUGGGUUCUUCA